UGCAUGCAGACGCCUGCGCAAGACACACCGAAGCGAUGCAACUGACGGAAGUGACCAAGGCUGCAUUGAUUUCUUUAGUGGUCGCUUGGGUUGCUUGGCUGCCGAGUUUCGUGAGCACUGCUAGUAUUACGCGCAUGGAAAAUGUGCUCGUUCAGUACCCGCCCCGUAUGGAUAUAAGCAAGAUAAGCGAUCAUGAUCGGAGCCGCAGACAAGUCGCCGAUUAUGAAUAUGAUGAAGACGAAAACGAUGAAGAAGAAGCGGAAGAGGAAUUUGUAGCGGCAUUAGGUAAUGCGAACGCCAGUGGUUCGGAUGCAGAUAUAGAAGGGCAAGACGAUGAGGAAGAGGAGGAAGAUGAAUAUGGCGAGGAUGAGGAAAACAGUGGCGGCGAGGGGCGUGCAUUACAAGGAAAACCUUUGAUACUGAAGUUGAAGGGAAUAAAAUUUGAAAAGCAAUGAACUCCUAAUGCCGGUGAGUCAAACCAGCUGUUUUGUGCGUACAUCACCUUAACUCCUAUGUCAACAGCAACAUGCCGGGGUAUUUGCAUACAGCCGCGACAAAUGAGAGCAGAUUAAUAUUUUGGUCUGUUUUGACUACGUUUCUUUUUCUUUUUGAAUAUUAAUUAUUUUUUUUAUAAAAGUGUAGCUCAUUGUUUAAUAAAAACCACAUAAA